AUGCGCUAUAAUUUCAAUGCCUUGACGUGCGAGUCAUGUAAAGUGAUGUUUAGGAGAAAUGCCCGCAACUUUGAGGAGAGUAUUAUGACUGCCGAACAAAAAGAGAUAAGACUUCGCAAGAUUGAGGCCAAUCGGGGGCAGAAAAGUGUGGACACCGAAAAAACAAUCUCAAACACCCGGCCAUCGGUCAUACAGUCGACAGACACUCAGACGAGUGCAGCACCGGUUGAAUCGAUGUCUGUAUUGAAAAAGUUUGAUCACUUGGAGAGUGAUUAUGAGAAACUAAAAGCACGUCUCACUGAGUUGGAGGCUAUCAUCAAGAAUAAUAAUAUUACAGUUAAUAACAAUUAUGAUAAUAAUUAUAACAAUAGUCAAAACUGCUGUAACACUCAUAACGAUAGUAACAAUAGUAUUGUUAAUCAAUUAAUGCCGUAUAAAAGUGAGUACCAAUCGGUAUACGAGAGGGCCGUCGAGUUGGAGCUGUCAUUCGCGCCGUCCGUCGGCCACGCAAUCAAUCCAUUAAAUCGAAUGGACAUGAGUUAUACAGAAGUAGAGUCGACACGUUUACAUGAAUUGGUGACCGCUGUGAACGCUAUUCGACUUCAGGAUUGGACCCAAAUUAAUGAAUGGUGUCAGAGGAGACUCAUCAACGAGUUUAAUAAUGGUCUACAGGAUUCACUUAACACGUCCAAGAUGUUGGGUUUGUACCUGGAGCGAGUCACUCAGGGCACCGUACAAAUGGCCAAGUGUUUGCCCGCGUUUACGCAAUUGCCCGAGGACGAUCGAAUUGCCCUGAUCAAAUAUGGCUGCUUUGACAUAUGCGCGCUUCGGUCCGUUUUGUGUUUCAAUUAUGAUCACGAGUACUGGAAUUUCCAGAUGCGUAACCUCUAUGACAGAUAUCGUAACUUUAUUGCUAAUAUCGGCCGCGAAUGGGAUUCCGACACAAUUAUUAUUGAUUUGUUAUCCAUUAUACUACUAUUCAAUCCGGAUCGAGAAUGGCUAAUGAACCGUGAAGUUAUUAGAAUGCGACGGUGUGAAGUGAGACUAACCGAUCCUGAUAAAGACAAACUUCUGAUACACCAGGAUAUCAUCGGCUAUAAUUUUAAUGCCUUGACGUGCGAGUCAUGUAAAGUGAUGUUUAGGAGAAAUGCCCACAAUAUAGAGAAAUAUGAAUGUAAUUUCAACGGCAACUGUCGGAUAGAUAUUAAAAGUAGGAAAUUAUGCAAAUCGUGUCGAUUGAGAAAGUGUUUUGCAAACGGCAUGAAAAUAGAUAAUAUAAUGACUGCCGAACAGAUACAGCGAAGGCGUGAUAAGAUUGAGGCCAAUCGGGUGAGGAAGGCUGUAAACAGCGCCGUCACAGCCACCCGGCCAUCGGUCAUAACAGCGGCCAACCCUCAGACCAGUGCAGCACCGGUUGAAUCGAUGGCUGUAUUGAAAAAGUUUGAUCACUUGGAGAGUGAUUAUGAGAAACUGAAAGCACGUUUCAAUGAGUUGGAGGCCAUCAUUAAAGACAACAACAUUAUCCCUAAAAGCAAUUAUAACAGCAAUAAUAGUAAUCAAAACAGUGGUAACAAUCAUAACGAGAGUAUUGCCAAUAAUUUAAUGCCGUAUAAAAGUGAGUACAAAUCGGUAUACGAGAGGGCCGUCGAGUUGGAGCUGUCAUUCGCGCCGUCCGUUAGCCGUCCAUUGAAUCCAAUGGACACGAGUUUUACCGAAACAGAGAUCACGCGUUUGCGGGAACUGUUGUCGGCGGCCAAUGCUAUUCAGCCCCAGAAUUGGACCGAAAUCACCAUAAGUUGUCAAAACGAACUGAUCGUACAGUUUAAUAAUGGGAAUCAAUGCUCACGCAAUACCACAAAGAUGUUGGCCAUAUACUUGGAACGAGUGACCGAGGGCAUUAUGCAAAUGUCCAAAUGCUUGCCCGCGUUUAACCAGUUGUCUGAUACGGACCAACUGUCCUUGAUCAAAUAUGGCUGCUUUGAUAUAUGCGCGUUGCGAUCGGUUUUGUGUUUUAAUUAUGAUUACGAGUACUGGAACUACCAAAUGGGCGCGGAUAAGAGUGUAAUUUUGAAGCUAGAUCUCUUAAAGGCUGAAAAACGUAAUAUUUAUGGCAGUUAUCACACGUUUCUCACUAAUAUCGGCCGGCAAUGGGAUUCCGACCCAAUUGUUAUUGAUUUGUUGACCACUAUUUUACUCUUUAACCCUGAUCGACCGGAAUUAAUGUCCCGAGAGCUUAUCAGAUUACAACAGAAUAUAUACAUGUAUUUACUUCAACGCUAUUUAAUAAUCAAAUACGGGUCUGAAUCCGAGGCGAAGACAAAAUUGCUUACAAUUGGAUGGAAACUGACUGCACAUGGUGUAAUUAAACAUCCUGUUUAUACUGGCACUGCCUCUGCGGCCACAUUAGCCGAGAACAAGGAGUUCAUCAGAUGUGCCAAAGAGCGCACCGCAGCCCUCGAGAACCUCAAUGAGGAAGAGCUGAUUAAUUUGACUCAACAAAAUUUGGUCACCGCCUCGGCUAUGGUGGCCAAGAGAGCGGCCGCCGCCCAACGCCAGGGACUCGUCUGUUAUAACAAUUUCAACACCGUUUACGGCCCGGGAGUGCUGGCCAUUAUGGGCCCAACCGGCGAACCAAAGGUGUUGAGCACCGCCACCAGCGCUGAGCAACGGGCGACGGCCACCAAACAGAUCGCCGGCAUGACUCAAUUGAUCAUGUGCGACGAGGCCUAUCGGGCCAAUCACGUGGACGACAUCAUUCAAUGCAAUUUCUUUGACCGCAACGGCGGCGCCGCCGCUCAGUUCGCUGUCAAACUGCCACUCUUGGAGUCGGUUAUGGGUGUGGGCGGUGUCCUACUCAAGGGUGCCUCUCCCCCCAUGGCAUCCGUCGUAACGCAGAUCAAGAACCUUUAUGGUGAUUUGUACGCCACCGGCAAGACCUGCUCUGAAAGCAAAGACCUAACGCCUGACCAACAGUGCGCUAAUCUGAAAAUGUUGGACUUGGAGUUGGACCGACUCGGAGAGUUGGGCGCACUGGCAGUCGCAUCCAAAUUGCCCUUCUUGUAAAAUGAACAUGUUCAUGUAUAUUUUACUAAAUAUAUUAUUUUAAACACUUAAUUGUUUCUAAAUUAAUACUCAAAAUUUAUCUCAACUGUUUGUUUAAACAAUAAAAUAUUCAGCAUUUAA